UGCGUGUCUCCAGAUGAGCAGGCUCCGCCCAUCGCCAUUGCAGGCCGUGAUGUCGUGGUUCAGCCCGGCAACACGGUGAUUCUCAACGGCAUCCAGAGCCUGGCGCUGGGCGACGCCCACAUUGCCGACUACAGCUGGACUCUGCAGAGCGGGGACGACACCAUGGUGAUGGAGAAGACGGAUCUACCUGACCAGGUGCGACUCUCCAACCUGCAACCGGGUACCUACGUCUUCCAGCUGACCGUCACCGACUCCAACGACCGAUCGCACGCCGCCAAGGUCUCCGUCUUCGUCCUCAGCCCCGAGCAGUCCACCUUGUACUGUCUGGCUCCGAUGAAGGUCGGUCCGUGUCGUGCUGCGUUUCCUCGCUGGCAUUACGACGCUGUGACUGAACGCUGUGAGAAGUUCACGUUCGGAGGCUGUAAAGCAAACAACAACAACUUCCUGUCUGAGGAGGAGUGUUUGUCCGCCUGCAGAGGAGUCACAGCGGCGUCGGAGCGCCGGGUCCCUCUGCCUAAUGCUGGUCAGUCCCAUAAUGCACCUCUUCAUGUCAGCUCUGAAACGUGUUCACCAUGUGAAGGAUAAACGUGUGUGUGUGUGUGUGUGUGUGUGUGUGUGUGUGUG